GGAUGAAUUCCAUCCAUUCAUUGAGGCUUUGUUGCCUCAUGUCAAAGCCUUUUCAUAUACAUGGUUCAAUUUGCAAGCUGCUAAAAGGAAAUACUUCAAGAAACAUGAAAAACGCAUGAGCUUGGAGGAGGAGAGAAGAUGUAAAGAAGAACUCCAGAAUGAAAGAACAGAAGUCAAACAGAAAUGGGCAUCCCGACUUCUUGGGAAGUUACGGAAAGACAUAACACAAGAGUGCAGGGAAGAUUUUGUAUUAGGAAUCACUGGGAAAAAAAGAGUUAGUUGUGUGCUGAGCAAUCCUGAUCAGAAGGGUAAAAUGAGACGAAUUGAUUGUCUUCGACAAGCUGACAAGGUUUGGCGGUUAGAUCUUGUUAUGGUGAUAUUGUUCAAAGCAAUUCCACUAGAAAGCACUGAUGGAGAGCGUUUAGAGAAGUCACCAGAGUGCCUCCAUCCUAAUCUUUGUGUUAAUCCAUACCACAUCAAUGUCUCCGUCCGAGAACUUGACUUGUAUUUGGCCAAUUUUAUAUUAAGCCAUGAAUCUUUAAGUGGUAUUAGAGAUGGUUUAUGUGAUAACAGCAAAGAAGAUGAAAGAGAAUCAGAUAUCGUCUUUGCCUCUGGUGUUUUUACAUCUGCAGAACUGUAUAGGUUAUCCAAAGCAUCUAUUUUGCAAACAACAAGUAAUUGUCAACCUGCACUAAACAUGAUCAAGAUUGAAUCUCCUACAUACUACUGCAACAGCUACUCAUCCCCCCCAGAUCAUAGAGGGUUACCAUCUGGCGCUGGUCCUCCUCUUGCCUUGCAUCCUCAUAACAAUCACGGUACGCCACAUCCUCCUAGUCCUACCGAAGAACCCCACAGCAAGCGUCUGCGUAAAAUGUCAUCUGGCGAAGAUGAUGUAGAUAAGGUCCAUAAUGACAUUAGCAGUUUUUAUGGUCAGAGUCCAGCUCAGCUGCACAGCCAAGCUUCUUGGAGUAGUGAUAUUGACCAAGGUGGGCCUUUGACCCCGCAUGCAUCCUCUAAAGAAAUUGGUAUGACAACAUCUGAUGUUGCUCACUCAUCUAAACUUCAGGAUGGAUUGCAACAGCACACUGCUAUGAAUAUGACAUCACAAGCAUCCAACAUCAGUGGUCCUCUCACUCAUUCCAGCCCAUAUUACAUAACUCCAGGAAAAUAUCAGGAAAACGGAGACACACUGUCAGACUUUGUUAACUUAGUGUGCCAAGAAGCUCAGAAUUCUGGUCCAAGCCCACAAACUAGCCAAGAUUCUGAAGCUCAGAGUCCCACUAAGUUGCCCCACUUUUAUUCAAACCCAAUGCUUCCACCACCACCACCGGCACCUAUGGCACGACCUGUUGCUAUUAUUAGGUCAACAGGAAAACUUGCUGCAUUUUCCGACAUUAAUGCUUCUGCUCCUAGCCCACCAAACAAUGUCAGCCAGUCUGGUCCUAGAAAUAGUUCCCCUGUGUCUGAAACCUCAUCAGUUACUAGCUCAGUCGUUAGAGAUAAUCGGAAGCAGCUAGCAUCUCCACCGGUUACCUCAUCUGUUGCUCCUGCUGGAAACAAUGGACUCGAUAGUUCCCAAGGAAAUCGAGGAGCCAUGAGCAGCCCUUUUGCUUCCUUACCAAGGCCCGACAACAAUUUUUCUCAUAUUCAUCCUCAAGCCCACCAGCUUUUCCAGUACACAAAUAUAAGUCCAGUGAGUGCAAUCAGUGGUAUGAUAAGUCCAACAAAUUUGAGUAUGUUUACCUCUCCUCAAACAACACCUCGUUCAACUCCCAGAACCACCCCUGUGCCACGAUGGAGUGCUCCAUUUAUUACUUUAGAUGAGAACCUCGAUUACAAUAUGAUGGCUGGGCUUAUGCCUGGAACAAAUUCUGAUACUGAUCCACCUCAUAUAAUGGAAGCAGAAGGUGAAAUAGAAGAGCGCUAUUUCACAGUAGUUCACAGUAGUGAUGGUGUUGAUGCUAGCAGUCAGACAGCUGGCAGUAGUGCCUCCGUCACACCCACCAAGCCUCAACCAUCUUAAAUUUAUGAAUUUUUAUAUUUUAAAACUAGGUUUGAAAUGUAAAUUAGGAUGGAAAUUUGUCGCUUAAUUCAUUUAAGCCAGUUUGUCAAGAUUAUGGUUUUUAUGUGAUUGCAGUUUUUUGAAGAAACUUUGAAAUCUAUACAUAACAUGCAGCUCCUGGAUGGUAUUUGACAAACUUUUGCCAUUGCUUGCAAACUAGAGUACAAAGCAAGAAGAUUAAAUGUGACUUUGAUGAGUGGUCUAUGUGCCAUAGACAAUCAAAGGUGUAAGACAAGAAAAGAACCUAAACUUUAAAGGAGCAUCAAGACUGGAUUUGAUGCCUUAUAUAAAGUGCCCUGCAACACUGUAGGGUGCUGUGCUCUUAAAUUCUCUUCCAUUUCAUUGCUUAUAGCUCAGAGAUUUCUAAGACAGUCUAACUUCCGCCCAUUGAGAUUUCACUAUGAUAACUUCCUGGGGCCUCAGUAGCUUUUCAAGAAUUUUUGCAUUUUCAGAACUUGCCGUAGACUUUGACACUCCCAGUGAGAUCAGAGGGGAUAAUGGGACACUUCUGCUCCAUUUUUCAUGAAAUUUAAAGGGAGCAGAAUUACCCAUUACUUGGACAAAUUGUCAUCCACUUGUCAUUUCUUUUUCCCUCAAUUGACUUAUCCAUUGACAGAAAUAGAUUUCCUAAGCUAGUGAUAAGUAUCUAAGUGGAAUAUUUUACUAAUUACUACACAUUAAAUUGAUUUAAUGAUGGUUUCAGAGUUACUGGACAUGUUUAUUUUCUAUACAGUCUGUGAUUUUGGAACUUGUGGAUGGCAGUUAUGUUUUUUAAUCUUCCUGGCCCCUCUCAGAAUCAAGCUGGAUGUGUUUGCUGAAUGAUUUAGGACGAUUUCCGUAGAAUAAAUAAUACCAAUUUUUCUCACUUUUUAAAACAUCAAAUAACUUGGAAGGCAUCUCAAUUGCCUUUUGCCUUUCAAAUCUUUACCUAUUAAUAAUUCCUAGUGAUAUAGAAAACUGUAGGAUAUUUAGUGGUUGCUAGUUUAUAUAGAAGCUCCUAGCGAAGUAAAAAGGAAAUUUUUAUUUUUAACACUUUUUGCUCUCAACAAAUAAGCGCCAUUUAAGAAAAAUUGUAGGAGGAUAGACUGUAGAUUAAAUUUUCAGGGGUGCCAGAAAAGGGGGAGAUGUAUUAAGUCUAAAAUUUUUAGUUUACUCUUGUAUUGUAAAUUUUAACUAAAUGCCUUAAGUUUUUUGUUUAACUAUUCCUGAAUGUGUACUUCAAGAUCAUUUUAAUGCUGGUAUAAUAACAAUUUCUAUUUUAAAGUAAUUUCCAAAUAGUAAUUCAAAUUUCCAGUUAUUCUACUCUGCCACAACGAUAGUGAUUUUAAAGUUCUAUAAACGGGGGCCCCCAAUUUGUUAUGGCACCUCUGUACAUUUUAAGAUGAAAAAGUACUACUGUAAGUGCUCUUGAUUGAGUCUCUUUUGACAUUGUUGAAUCUAUUACAUUUUUCAAGUAGAAAUUAUUCAUGAACGUAGUGUUAAUGUUAACCAUUUUAAAUUUUUUGCCUCUUUGGCAAAUGAUUAAAAUCAUUCCUAGAUCUUUAGGAAUACUUGUUGAAUGAUUAUUAAUUCAGGGCAUCUUUACACUUGGCCCGAUCUUUCCUGAUAGAGUAGAUUUUCUCUCAAAUUUCCCUCCUGUAAAAGAAAAGCUAAUAUUUCUCCUUUUUCUAUUACAGAACCAACAUAUUUUUCUGAACUUAACCCCAAAAGGUGUCAUGAAUGUUUUGUUUUAUUGUGUGUGGUGCAACACACCCACUUUUUAAGUUUAGUCAGACAUAUGCCUUUAUAUGUUGCAAAGAGAAAUGUGAUUUUUAAGCAAUAAACACAGUUAUUUUUCCGAACUCUCUUAUGCCGCAAUGCCGUUAUUUGUGAAAAAUGAUGACCUUGUGCAGCAAGCGAAGAUUGUCAUAAAAUCUAUAUCUUUUUAUGCAUGUAAAUUACAACUACACUGGAUCAUGUUAAAACUGAUAAAAGAUGCCAAAGAAUUGUAUAGUACUUGGAUCUAGUAUUUGUUGCUGACUACUGGAGGGAGGGACUAAAAUUUACUUAAAAUCUUGAACAUAAUGCCGUGGUGCUAAACUGUUCUGCAUGCAGAAUAAGUUCCAGAGGAAAAAAAUGCAAAGAAAAUUAGCUCAGGUAUUCCAAGUCUCGGCAGAGAUUUCGGUGUGGCACUCCUUUACUUUGUAUACCAUUUGAAUUUAUCCUUAUAUUUCUGUAUAUGCACUUCCUAUACUAUUAUAAUACUUAUUCAAAAACUUACUGGAAAUAUGUUAUCAUAUGUUAUAAUUAACUUGAUAAACAUAGAGGUAGUAUGAAUUAUAUGAUAGAAAAUUCUCUAAAUUUUUAUCUGCAUUCAAAUUUUUCUAUGGCUGCUCUACUAUUUAUGCAUUAUCAUGCAGUUCUAAAAUAUUUUGAGCUCUUUUUUCCAUCUAAAUUACUAGUCUUUUAUCUAAAUUUUAUCUAACCGAAAUAACAUAAUUCUAUCUUCUCGAGUAAAACUGUCACAUAUUCUUUUAAGAAUCCAUCGUAUGCUGAAAAAAAAUUUUAAAAUAGUUGUAUCUCAAAUAAGCUACAAGUUUAUUUUAAAUUGCUAGUGCCAUAUGUAAUUUUUUUCCUCAUGCCCUCAAAAUCAGAAUGAGAAACUUUUAUAUUGUGCUUAGUACAUAGUAUGAUAUUUGAUUAAGACGAAAUUAUUGUUGUCAUUUUACAGUUUAAAUUAUUUAAGCUUUUGGUGCCUUUGGCAGUCUGUUUUAAUACUUGUUAAUUUUUUUAUUUACACUAGUCUGUAUAUUUUUUGUUGAUUUUUCUAAGAUUGUACAUACAGUUAUUACAGUUAUAGAUUUAUGUAGUUGUAAAUUAAGAGAAUUAAAACAGCAGAGUCAAUGAAUCAUACACCCGGUGUUUCUGUGUAGAUUUUUCUUGCUUUGCAUAUUUUUGAUCAUGCUGUUAAUGACAUUUAUAAUUAUGAAUUUCAGUAUGUUUUGUCCAGAUAUAUUCUGAAAAAAUAUGAACCUAAUCCCAAGGAAGGUGCCUGUGUUCCUUUUUUGUUUUUAAAAAUAAUCCAUGAGUUAGUCUUCCUAACAGUCCUUGAAAAUACCAUUUCAUUUUUCACAAAACUACUAAAUGCAUUAUUUUAAUUCAUGUAUGUAUUUGUGUAUAUAAUGUGCAUUGUACAGCUUUAGUUAGAUGUUUUUAAUAUAUAUUGCAUUAGGAAAGUUAUCUUAACAUUAUGAUAGAUUGAGUUUGUAGUCGGGCAUACUUGCUGAGGUCUUUCUUUUUAAAAUUUUUCUGUGAUUUUUUUCAUAGUGAUCUUAUUAAUACAGUGCAACAUGUUUUUGCCUGAGAUUAACUGAGAUCAAGAAAAAGUCUCAUUUUCAUUCUGAUGAAGAUUUUGAAAAAUCGAUUUGUGUAUCAUAUGUAUGUGCUCAUUAGUAAGUGCUUGAGGAGAAAGGAACUGCUGGUAAAAUUCAGUUUUGCAUCUAUCAAAAGUCUAAAUUAUACAAAAUUUAUUAUAACUAGAUUUUGCUGUAAUUUUGUUUUUCUUAUGCAUUUAGUUUAUGUGUCAGUUUAUGAAAGUAACAUUAUUAAAGAAAUUUUGAUUUGCAAAGAGUUUAUUUUUAUUAAAUUUUUAUUUCCCUGUGGCAAACAAGAACCAGAAUGGGUAAUUUUAAGCUUGUCCUACAUCUUCAGUUUUCUUUGUUACUAUUGCCUGCAUAAAUUAAAAUUGAGCUUUUGAUUAAAAUUCAUACUUAGUUAUCUUCCCUCCUGAAAGCUAAGGUUUCAGCUUGUAAAGGCUAAGAUAUGUGAUAGUAAAUGUAAAAUGCUUCUGUGUAGAUAAUCAUAUAAGAUAUAAGAAUAUUAUACUAGUUGUAAUUUUUUAUUGAAAAUAUAUUCAUAUUUGGUCAGUACCUUUUAGAGGGUGAAAACCGGUAAUAGCUUUAUAAAUUAAAGUAUUAGUCAUAUUAGUGCCAAUUGUUAUCUUGUUAAUAAUUAUUUUUGUUGCAAAAUCAGCUUUUAUGUGUAUUUAGUUUUAUUUUUAAAGUAGUAGCUGUAAAUAGUAUUUUGUGUUUUAUUUAUUGUUUUUACUUAAAAGCAAAAGUAGUCCUGAAAAUGAUCAUUUGUAAAGUUUAAUAUCUGUUUUUGUAUGAUUGAGAAAUGUGUAAAAGCACAAAAGCUAAUAAAUAUUUAAAUGAAUGUAAAACCUAAUUUUUAUGCUUUGUGUGAUAUAGUUAUAUUACUGAAAAAAGUAAUUAUUAAGGAAAUUUUAUGUAAAUUAAAUUUAUAAACAUAUUCAUCAGCAUAGAUUCUCUUUAAAAUAUUUAAUAAUUUAUAAAUUGUUAAGUUAUUGUCUCUUAAAUGAAACAUAUAAAUCUAAGCUGCCAUUUGUUUCAGUUCUUUUAGCCUUUAAAAUUAUGCAUAUGUUCAUUAAAAAAUGUUUAUGAUAAGUGGUGUUAUUUAAUUUACCAAAUUAUAGAUUUGAAUAUCCAAAUUUUUUUCUUUUUAAAUUUGUUAAUUUGUGCAUCAUUUUCACAGGCAGCAUUGGUGAAAUAUCCCUUUGCUAUUUCUUUUCAUCUUAAAUUUUGUGAUAACACAUCUUUUACUUUGAUAGGGAAAAAAUUAUGUAUAUCUUUACACCCAAAAGAGCCAGCUGUCCCGGUGUUUAUAAUUCUAGUCCUAAAACUUAUAUUAUUCUAUUGGCCUAAAAUUUAAUUUGAGUGCCUAUGGUAAUAUAUUGUUAUUAAAUCAAACUGUUACAAAUAUGCAUAAAGUAUUUGAGUUACUUGACUUAUAUAUUUACAUUUUAUGCCUAGAUCAUUUACUGUAAGUUGUUGUAAAUAAUUAGAAAAGUUUUAAAUUAGUGAAUUAGCUAGUUUUUAUAUUCAGAAAAGUAAUUCUUAAUAAGGUGCUUUUGUGAGUGAGAGAGUUUUGAGUCAUUGUUCUGUUCCUUACAUCACAUAUUAUGUGUUCAGAGUUCAAAGUUAGACAAUUCUACUCGAGAAAGGAUUAAAAUUCAAGUUGUUCAUUAAUUAUAUUAGUCUGCUAUAAAAAUACUUAGCAGUGUUACCAAAAGCAAAGUGUGUGCAUGAUAUUAUCAGGUACUGUUUUUUAUAAAAGUGUUUAGGACUCACUCUGAUGUUUUAUAUCUUCAUGAUUUAGUCCUGGUUUUUAAGGCAGAAAUCAUCUGCUAUUGAGUGGUUUUGUUUUAUCAAAGGCAACAUCCAUUUCCCUGAAGCAAUAAAUAAUACAAAAGCAGUAUUUUAUGAAUAAUGUUGAGCUCAUCUCUGCCAAGUGCCUGAUAUUUUAUAAAAUAUUUGCCUGUAUUAUCAGAACUUGUACUUCAUUUUCAUGCUUAUCUACAUUAGCAAUAAAAGUUGUACAUAUGCCUUAUAAAUCAGAUUAUAGUGUGUGUAGUUUUAUUGUGUGAUUUCUGAUUAGAUUUAGCUGCAGAUAUGAAAAUGGUCUAAAUUUUGCCUUGCCUCCUACAUAUUUUUAAAACUUCCAAAAAUUCUCAGUUGAUAAUCCAUAUAUUAAUAUGUUCUUUAAAUAAAAGUUCAACGCAUUUUAGUUUAUCAGAAAAUUAAAUAGUUAGAUACUUUUUUUAUCUUGAAAUAUGAAAAAUGAAAGACUUUUGAAUAAAAGAAUCAAGAUAUCCAACAGCCCUUCCCCUAACAAUAAAGAUUAGAAUUCACUUUUUAUGCAUGUGAACAGUAUACGUACUUGAUGUUAUUUACCAAAGGCAUAAAAUUUGGAAAGAGUAACAGAAAAACAUAUACAUUACCAGAAUAGAGAGAGAUACCAAAGUGAAAUUUGGUAAACACAGAUUACAGAAAAAUGUUUUGUUGAAAUCAUACUCUUUACUUUUUUUAAUACAUCUCUUAAUGAAACCUAGGCCAUGAGAUUUAAUCAAAAUCGUAAAAAACAACCUUAUAUUUAGCGUAGGUAUAAUGAAUAUAAGGUUGUUUUUUACGAUUUUGAUUGUCACAUUAGCGUGUUUCUCUUCUAGUCUAGUCAUGAGAUUUAAGUUUGUGGUUUAUAUUUCCAGUUUCAUCAAAUUACUGAUAAAAUAUUAUAACUCUUUAUAUUUUCUAUACAACUUGACUGUAAAAUUACCUAGAAAAUGUAAAGGCUAACUAAUAUUAUUUUAAAUUAAAUUUUUGCCUUAGAAUCAGUUAAGAAAAGUAUAUAUAGGCAUCCCAUAAUAAGUUAAUUAUUCUUUGAAUUUUGCAGUGAUAAUUGAAUCUCAAAUGCAAAAAUUAAUUCAGUAGGAAAUUUCAAUGUUGCAUCUUCAUCCACAUUUGCAGUUUAUUGUUUUAACAUUUUCAAAAACCGUAUUUUAUUAGCUAUAACUAUUGUAUAAACCUUUGUUCAGUUAGUUAGAGUAGAUUAUUAACAUAUCUUUCACUCCAGUCAUACAUACACUGUAUAUGUUAUGGACAAAAUAUUAUAUAAUGUCCAAAUGAUUAAUAGAUAUUAUAAAUAAUACCAAGAACUCUAUGGCUGAAUAAUGAAUAGCUGUUAGUUUAUCACUAUGAGCAACCAUCAUAUCGGGCAAAUAUUUCAUAUCUCUGAGUAGCGUUUUCUCGAUUGCUUUCUUAAUUUGUACAUUUAUAAUCAAAUCCCUGUAGUGUUUGUUUCUGAAUCAACUCUAAUUUAAAAUGAAUGAAAAUUAAACUUCUGUGACUCAAAUAUGCAGCAAAAUUGUACCUGUUUCAGUAAGAAAACAGAGAAUAAAUCAAUAAAAUUAAAUUGCAGUUUAGCCACUUUGCUAAAAUAAAAAUUAAGUUGUUAAGAUUAAAAUUUGACUGAAUAUUACUGUAAAAUUACUUAUUUAAUAAAUAUUAUAUAAUAGUGAAUGCUAAAUUAUCUUUAGGUUAAGAAUUAUCUUGUAUUACCAGAAAUAUUUUGUUAUAUUAUAUUGCAUUCAUUCUUUUAUAUAUAUAUAUAUACACAAAUAAAUAUUCUUUAGUAAUAGUUGAGACUUCACUGAUAUUUGGAAUAACAUAUUUAACCAACAUUAACAUCUAUCAAAAUCCAACCACUUGUUUUGCUCAAUGUCUGAGCAAAAGUUUUUGAUCUGAUUCUUCUUCAGCAGCAGUCAGAUUUUCUUUACAUUAUUUUAUGUGAAAAAAUUUUUAUAAGGAUAGUUGAAGACAUAUUUCCUGAAGAAGAAGAAGCAGUGAGUGUAUAAUGUAUGUUUAUCACUUUGCCUGAGUGGACUGGUGUAGUAAAUCUUGUAUAAUGUACUAUUAAUCUCUUACCUCAUAACGUUUGCAUUUUAAAAGUGAAGCUAACAAAGCAAAUUUUCUGGUAUCUUCUGUAUAAUAUUUUUUCUUUUCUGAUUUUAAAUCUAAUAUCUUCAAUUUUAAUACAUAAACUUGCUCUAACACCAAUCUGCAUAUUAGGCAUGAUGCCAGGACUUUGAUAUGCUGUAAUAGUAAGAAAGGAAGAAUUAUUAUUUUUAGAAUAAACAGUGAACAUCAGUUGAAUGAUAUUCUAAGUUCAUAAAUAUCACUGUCUGAAGUAAACCAUCUUUUAACACAUUGAUUAAGCAUUAGCUUUCAUCUGAAAUCAUUUUUGAACAAGAUGUAAUAUUUUCAUUGAUGCUGUACUGUUAAAUUAUUGUCAUAAGGAAAAAUGCAAUAUAAUUUAUUUAUCUGAAUUGCCGUAAAUUAUUUCAAUCUGUGUCAAUUAAAAUUAAUUCAUUUAACAACAAAAUGAAUAUUCUUUUUGAUUAUUUUCUUUUGAAAUAUAAAUCAUUGCAGAUUGUAACUAUAAGAACUAAUUAACAUGUAUUAUGUUGUAAAUUUUAUUAUUUCACUGCAGUAAAAAAGUAGUGGCUUAAUUUUACUUAGAUAGAAAUAGGGUAUAUCAUGUAGAUAAAAGUUUUUUAUUCUUAAUUGAAGUACAGAAAAAAUAAAAUGAUUACUUACUUAGGUUUGGGUGUCAUAUGAACAAAAAUUAAUUUAAUUAUUUUAUUUUAGUUGAAACAGUGCCUUUUUGUGUUAAGCGAAAUAAAAAAUUUUUUUUUUUUUCUCAAGUAUUUUGUGUAUCAAAAAUACAAAUGCAUUUUCAAACUUAUGAUGUGUUUGAAGAAACCUGAUGAAUGAAGUUUCCUUAGCUUCAUUACACCCAGUGUCAUGCAUACAGGAAGAGAGUUCUCCCUCAAUAAUAUAUGUGUGUAUCUUAAUCCUAGUAGGUGUAUGAGAUACUUCUAAAUAUCCCCCCUUGCCUUUUUAGGAUACAGAAUCACGAAUUGCAAUUUUGAUCAUUAUUCUUAAUCAUUAAAUGUAAAAAUGUCUAACCAUAAAUAAUUAUAGAAUGAAUGCAUCUCAUAACUAAUAGAAUGGGAAAGCAAUUUUUAGUAUUCUGAAAUUUUUCAUAUUUUAAGUAAAAAAUACCCAACUGAGUGAAUAUCUUAUAUUUAUGUACAAAGAUUAUUAAAUUUACACUAUGAUAAUUUUCAUAUCUGCAACUUAGUCAAGUGUGUUCUCUCCUCAGCAAGUGAUGCCCAUAUGUAAAGUUUGAUUAUCUGUUAUGAUGCUAAAGGAAAAAAAAAGCAUUCUCUGAGUUUCUGGCCUAAACAAUAUUAGCUCAUUUUUGUUGCUUGAAAAGUUUAUAAAAAUUCAAGUCACUUCAUUUUAGCAAGAGAAACUAAUUAUUGGUUGUUCACCUAUAUGUUUUUAAAAACAAAGAUUGAAUUCUGUAUUCAGAUUACUGAUUUUUGUUUGUAAAACAUAAAAAUGGAUUGUAAUAUUGGCCAACAUUAUGCUUGAUUUCUGCAAUGUUCAGACAAUCAUGACUAUUUCAUGCUUAUUCAUAUUAACAAAAAAACUUUUGAUGAAAUCUGAAAA